AGUACUCGCUCUUUCCAACAGGCCACUUUCGAGAGUCAUCAGCUGCUUGACGAUCGUCACUGUCUUGUUGUUUUGUUUAUCUACAUAAAACAGUUUUUUUUGUUGGUUUGGUGAAUCUUGCAUACCAGUCUCCCUGUGCUGUUUUCCUACCGUAAAACUCAAACGGGAGCAAAAUGGCCUGCGGAACCGUUGCGGCACCCUUGAUGAUGCGAAUAGUUGCCAGUUCGAUUCAGAUAGCUGUGCGUGCUGGCCGUAUAAUCCGGGAUGUCAUGGCCAAAGGUGACCUAGGCAUUGUUGAGAAGGGUAAGGAUGAUCUACAAACCGAGGCGGACCGAUCGGCCCAACGAUGUAUUGUGGCAUCGUUGACGAAGCUUUUCCCUAAUGUGACUAUCAUCGGAGAGGAAGGAGCUACUGACUUGAAGGUUCCGGACGAUUGGCUUAUAUCGGAAGUCAAUACAGAAUUUCUCGAACGUAACUCAUGCCCGGAACCAUUGAAACAAAUAAAGGAAUCGGAUUUAGUUAUUUGGGUGGAUCCGCUGGACGGAACGGGCGAAUAUACACAGGGCUUCCUGGAACGAGUCACUGUUCUGAUUGGUAUUGCGGUCAAUGACCGCGCCGUGGGUGGUGUAAUUCAUCAGCCUUAUUUCAAGGACGACAAGGGACAGUUGGGUCGAACGAUCUGGGGUGUGCAAGGAAUCGGUGUUGGUGGAUUCACUCCUAAACAGCCUCCGGCGGAUCGUUUCAUAGUGACCACAACAAGAUCACAUUCCAAUGCGAUAGUGCAAGCUGCUCUGGAUGCUAUAUCGCCUGAUGAUGUCCUCAAAGUAGGCGGAGCUGGUUAUAAAGUUUUACAGCUGUUGGAAGGAAAUGCGCAUGCUUACGUGUUUGCGAGUGCUGGUUGCAAAAAGUGGGAUACCUGCGCUCCUGAAGCAGUGUUGGAGGCUCAUGGUGGAAAACUGACCGACAUACUGGGAAGGCAUUAUCGUUACAAUAAAGAUGUAAGUUUCCCGAAUACUAGUGGAAUUCUAGGGUCGGCUAAAGGCAUUUCCCAUGAUGAGUUACUCGGCAAGUUGCCAGACAGCGUAAAACAGGCGAUGAAUAAAACACAGUAGACAAUUCGUCAAUAGAAAACUACUAGUACAAUUAGUCAAAAGUGACAUUUAUUGACACAAAUAAAACCACACCUUACUGGUUAAACAUA